UUCCUUAAAACUCGAAUACAAAAUGUGACACCAUGUUAAAGAUGGACACACAUAAGAAGCUACAUAUGUUCGAAAAACAAUGGUUUUGAGGAGUAAGCAUUCUUUUGAAACCAGUUGUUGACAUGGAUUGAAUGCAUCGAUUCUCAUUUUUCAGUUGUUGUUUACAUCAUUUAAUUGAGAUUUAAAUAUUAGUGCAUUAUGAAAAUCCACCUUUAGCUUAGCAGAAAUAGGUAGUUAAAGGCGUUUAAAGUUAUUAAAUAAGUAAACAACACUUUUAGUUCGUUUUCAUUUCGAAAAUUUUUUGGAAGAAGAAAUGAAAGUGUUCAAGUUCUUUUUUAAUAAAUUUAAGCGUUAAAUCAAACGUGUGAAAUAGCAACACACUGAUUUUUUUAUUUUCAGAAUCUGGCUGCAUUAACAAAGUUUAAACUUUAAAAAAAAAUAUGUUUUCGCGAUUUGGUUUAUGUGGAAGAUCAAAUUGUAGCUAUAUUAUUUAUCGUAACAUAAAUUAUCGCUCCAAAGCUCGAUUCAAAAAACCAUUUCUAAGAAAUGAAAAUCAAGAAUUUAAAAUUCACAAACCGAAAAGGACUUUCCCUUUGUUUAUUGAUCAACAUUUGAAACUGGCACCCAAAGUUAAGAGUAUGCCAGAGCAAAAAUUUGAUUUUUUCCUAGUUUUAGAUUUCGAAGCAACAUGUGACUCUCCUGUAAAUGUGGAACCGCCCGAAAUUAUUGAAUUUCCAGUUUUAAAAGUAAAUGGAAUUACUUUCAACAUAGAAUCAACUUUUCAUUCCUAUGUCAAACCAGAAAUAAAUCCUGAGCUAUCAUCUUUCUGUACUGAAUUAACAGGCAUAAUUCAAGGUAUGAUUGAUGACCAACCUUCAUUCAAUGUUGUUUUUGAAAAAUUUUUAGAUUGGAUGAAGAAAGAAAAUCUUUUAAUGCCUGAUGUUAAAUUUGCUUUCGUAACGUGUGGUGAUCCUGAUCUUGAUUACCUCUUACCAGUACAGAGCAAUAUAUCAGAAUUCGAAGUGCCAGAUUACAUGCAACGAUGGAUUAAUAUAAAAAGAGUGAGUUUUUAUUUGAGCAUAAAAACUUAUUAA